AUGGUGAGAAGAAGAGGUAAUAUCCCAAAAGAUGAAGAUUAUAUUAAAGAAAAGAAAGAAGUUGUUCCUAUGUCUACUGGAAGGAAAGUCGCAUGGUUUAUUUUUGCUAUUGGAAUAGUUCCACUUUUAUUCAUUGUACCUUCUCUAUUAGCCAUGAUAGGUGAUUGGGUUCAAGAACACAUGCCUGUGUUUUAUGGGUUAUGGAUUGUUUAUGGUAUCAUAUUACUUUACCUUAAGAUUUUUGUAUUAAAAAAUCAUAAUUGGGAUAGUUUUUUAUCAAUUCUAUGUAUUGCAGCUAUUAUCGGAAUGGGACUAUACAAAUUCCUUCGUUUCGAAAAACAUUUUCCUAAUGGUCUUAAACAAUUAGGAUUCUACAUGUGGCUAGCUGUAUGUAUGAUUCCUACAAUUGCAUUUUAUUUGAUUGAUACAACAGAUUAUUAUAAGGUACUUGAACAUGAACAAAAAAUGAAAGAAGAAGAAGAUAGAAUUGCACAGAAAAGACAUGAAAAAUAUGUAAAACGAAGAGAAAAAAAUCCACCAUUCUGGAUGAAAAGCAAAACCAAUAAAAUCAUUUGUGAUACUAUUGUCAUUGUUGUUUUCAUUUUAAUUUGUCUUGUUAUUGCAUAUUACUUAUUCAUAUCUUAUCAACAAUUUAAUUAUAGAGUAAGAAGAGGUUUAGAUGUUAAUGACUAUGCAAAUUAUUAUGAUGAUGAUUAUUUAGGUGAAGAUUUUGAUCCAAAGAAUUUCAUUCAUGAUGAAGACUUUCAAUAA